AUGGCAACGUGCAAUCUUCCUAUGGAAAUUUUAGUUAAUAUAUUCAGCUACCUGGAUGUGCCGGAUAAAGGACGGGCUGCUCAGGUGUGUUCGUCAUGGAGAGAAGCCAGCUACUACAGACCACUAUGGCACGGUGUCAGUGCCACGGUUAACUUCAAUGAUUCUGCUAAACUUCUGUGCGUUAAUCUUGCAAAGCGAGACAUCAAGGACGUCCAGGUAAUCGGUGCUGAGCAAAACUCGAUCCACAUGGUUCGAACGCUACCACAUCUAGAAUUGCUGGAUUUAUCCGCUUGUGAAUAUCUGACCGACAUAAACUUGAUAAAGACUUUUAGAAAACCGUGUGAUUCUUUAACAGUGCUGAACCUUUCAAAGUGCAGCCUGAUUAGUUACAUUGGUGUUAAAAUUGCAUUGCACGCCUGCGAGAAUCUUCAAAGUCUAAACCUAAGUAGCUGUAACAACGUUUCAGAUGAUGUUAUUCAAAUCAUUGCAUUGGAAUUGCCAAAGUUAAAAGUUCUAGAUAUUUCCCAUUCUUAUGUAACCGAUGCUGCAUUGUGGAAUUUCGCCCAUUUAAAGAUAAAGAAAGAUGGUCAAAGUAUCGAGACUCUAGUGUUGAUGAACUGUCAACUGAUAUCCAAUAAAGGACUAAGUCAUAUCAGCAAAGGUCUGCACAGGUUGAAAACUCUCGAUCUCGGACAUUGCACAAAUUUGACAGAUGAUGGAAUGAAAUACAUUGCAAGGCUGAAUUCGCUAAAGCAACUUUCUCUUCAUAACUGCCAUUGGCUCUCAACUAAAGGUCUUGCAUAUCUGGGUCGCAAAAAUAGUCAACUCUUGUCCCUAGACAUCAGCGCUUGUGUACGUGUUUGCAAUCAGGAUAUGUUGGUACUUGGUCUUGGUAUGUCAGGAUUGCGACAAUUGAAGCUCAAUUCUUGUAACAUAGGUGACCGCGGCCUGCAAUUUCUCUCUCAGCAUUUACUCACACUUAAUUCAUUGAGUAUCAUCAAUUGCAGAAAAAUCACAGACAGGGGAUUAUACGUUAUUGCUCACAAUAUGCUACGUAUUAAGCGGGUCAAUAUUUACGGGUGCUGGAAGGUGACAUCUGUUGGAAAAUUACGACUGAAGCAAACCCCUGGAUUGGUAGUCAGCUCAGACUGUAACAUCAUCUGA